AUGCCGGAGAAAAAGCUAAAAGGUGGCCACAUGGCCAUCAUCGAGAACUGGUACCAUCAAAUUCCUGCCUUCACCGAUGUAUUUACCGAGGAGAGCUUCUACAUGUUUGUGGUGUGCUUUGUGUUGGCCACCAUUUGCGUUGUAUUUGUUCUGUCACGGUUCAUCACGCUGAAACCGGUUGACUAAGGCUGACCGAUGCAGGAAACUUUUGUCAGAUAGGGGAGGAAAUGGUGCAAAUGAUUUUGAAGUUAAAAAGUCAGCUUUAGAUAAUAAAACUAAACAAAUUUGAUGAUUUA